AUGUGGCCGAGACUCUUCCCCGGCAUGACAUACGAAGGGAAGAGCUUCACCAACGAGUGGAUGAAAUCUGCAAUGAACUGUCCACCUCUCUUCAGCGCAUGGCUCCACUCAGGCGCAGAGCACAUUCUCAUCCGAUCCAGAGCAUCUGGUGUUCAGAGUUCCACACCCAAGAAGGACCAUUACGAAUUGCUUCUUAUGCGACAAGAAGCCAUCGUAGCGUUGAAGGAGGCUGUAAAUGACCGUCCUACAGCCAUUGUUACGGACCAGAUCAUCAUGGCUGCUUUCGCUCUGGCAUUGCAUCCACACGAGAGAGACCAAGUUCCAAACUCACCGAGGGAAAUGGCCCCUCUUUCCAACUUACAAUUGUUGACGCGGUUCACCGAUAUCGUGAUAAUGGAUGGCCACGUUCGAGGAUUACACCAUCUUGUACAGGCCAGAGGGGGUUUCAGAAAACUAGAGAUGCCUGGGCUUCGCGAGGGGUUGUCAACAGUUGGGAUCUGA